GAGAAAGAGAGAGAGAGAGAGAGAGAGAGAAAGAGAACUGUUAAGAUUUUCAAUUUAAUUUUCAUACAUUGAUCAAAACGAGAAUUCACAGGCACCUUAAAACACUUGGCGCCAAUAAAAGCCUACGUACAUGAACAAGACACACGUCGAUAAAUGAAAAAAAGAAACAUUCGUAUUGCUGUACAUUGUGAGCUUAACGCGCUGGUCAAAAACUUAACGUCAAUAACACCCACUAAAUCGAUCGAAUUAUUUCGAAUACAGCAUUACCAAUGUGUUUCUUAUUCAAUAUGUUUAUAAAUUGAACAUGUAAUUAUUUAUAUACGACCGUAAGUCAGUUUAUUGUGUACAUUUGAUAAAUUUUCUUUGAGAGGAAGAAAAGGAGAAAGAGAAGAAGAGUGACGUACUUUUAAAGAAUGUAUAGGAAUAGAGCACACUCCACUUGUAAACCAUGUCCUUUCGUAUUAUUUCGAAAGAAUUCGUCAGUUCCUAUACGUAUAAAUUAUGCAUAAAGUACGGUCAAUUCAAUAUAUAUAUAUACAAAAUAAUUUUACAUAUGCAUAUAUAUAUAAUACAUGCACAUACAUAUAAAUAUAUACAAGUGUGUGUAUAUGUGUGUAUAUAUAUAUAUAUAUAUAUAUAUAUAUACACACACACAAACACGUAGCAUAUUAUAAAUGCGUACCCUAUCAAGCGGAGUGUGGAUUUGAAUUCGAAGAGCGUGGUAUGCUCUCGAAUAUUAUCGGUUAAAGAGUAAUGUUCGCUUCUUAUUCUGAUCACUGCGCCGUUUUUGCCUUAUUAUCAUGUAUUUAAAGAUUUUACAUGUAUAUAUAUAUAUGUAUAUUUUAUUUUUCAAUAAUGCAUAAAAAAUAUAUAUACAUAUAUACGUAACGCAGAUAAGUGAAAAUAAGUGGAAAGAGUAUGUAGACGUAUGAGAUGCAUACUGCGCUAUAAAUGUUAAAGAUGUAAAAAGGAAAUACUUUAUGUACAAGUAUAAAUACAUUUUAUUUAUUCUGCUUAUAACUGUCGUAUUGCUCGAACGCGACAAAUAUCUAAUUUCAAGUCACUUUCACAUGGCAAGAACGGCGCAAAUAUAAUUGUUUGUCCAAAUUUGAUAAUUCUUCCCUGUUCAUACGUUAAGUUUACGAUAAUCUAGUUUAGUUUUAUAGGAAAAAACUAUUAAAUAACUACUAUUUAAAUCUGCAAAUUAACUUAGACAAAAAAAAAAAAUUAAAAUAACGAAUUGUCACUAAUGUAAUUAAUAUAUUAUGCUAAAUUUUAACGUUGAUAUUUUAUCUUGCAACAUCAUAAUUUAACACUAUUUUGAGGACAGAAUGUAUUAUUAAACAAAUAUCACUAGGAAAGCCGUUCUAUCAUUAUCAUAUAUUAUAGGCCAGUUUAAAAAUCUGUUUUUCUUAUUUCGUUUAAGAACGGCUAUAUCCUGGUAGAAGAAAGUGCACCUAAUAUUUCAAUAUAUACUAAAUGUACAUUCGAAUUUUAUAUUCACUCAUAAUAAUGCCAAAGCGAUAAAGUGAAAUUGUUUACAUACUUCUUCGUUUUCUGUUUCUCUCUUCGGUUCUAAAUUUUUUUUUAACGCGGGCUAUUGGAAAAUAAAUUAUUCUAAUGCGGUUGAGGUAUGACAAUAAAAUUAGCCAAAAUGCACGGAUCUACUUUGAUUUAAACUUGUCAUCGAUCAUAAAAGCAUGAAAAUAAAAAAUUAUCCAUCCUGUAUUACGUGAUCACAUGUUUUUAAUGUUUUUCUAAUAUUUACUCUUAAAGUUAGUGAUACAAUGGCUAAAUAAAUAAUGACGAAAAGUUUCAAAAUUUUCCUUUAUGCGGGUACAAAACAUUUGUGCAUAUAUGCAAUGUAAUAACAAUAUGUAUAAUUUACGAUACGAAACGCUGUAAUACUAAACAAUGCUGUAUAGAAAUUAAUUGAAAAAAAAAGCAGAUACAAUUUUGUUUGUAUUAAAAAGAAAUAAUAAAUCUUAUAAUUAUUGAAUUUUUUUACUGAAAUUAAACAAUAUCUCAUACUGAUUUCUCACUUUUCAUCAUUAUCAUAUAAUUACAAUUCAACACAUAGUCGUAUCUUCAUACAUUUCAAUUUAAAUCUGUAAAAUUGAUUUUCGAAAAAAUUAACAUUUUUAUUGCCUUAAUGUAGGAAAAAAGUGAUAGGAAUUUAUAAGUAACUAUACAAAAUAUUCUUUAAUUUUGUAGCAUACGUAAAUACGUACUCUGCUUGGAUAAAUCAAGUAGAAUGUAACAGGUUAUGUUUCUAAUUACGAAAUCAUGAUAAAAUUCAAUAAAAGUUAUUAUAAAAUUCGAACAUAUCGUAUAUGCGAUUAAUUGCCAAGUUAAUAAUUUUUAUUCAAAAUUGGAUUAUCCUCUUUAUCAGUGUGUUAUGUGUAUAAAGAUUCAUAUUUUGCAGCGCGUAUCGUAUAAGUAUACAUGCAUGUAUAAAUACGUUGCUUUGCACCUGUAAUAGAAUAGCGUGCCAUAACCGCAGUUGCAGUUUAAAGUAAGUACAGCUGCUUAUAUAUUUUUGAAAAUUACUUGUAAUAUCCAUAAUGGAUGAAAUUGAUGGAUUGAGGCAAAAAAUCAAAGAACUUGAAGACAAACUACUUCAAAAACAACAUGAAAAUACGUUUACUACAAGAGCAAAAAUAGAACAUAUGUCAAGUGAAGUGACUGAUGCAAAUCCUUACAGUCGUUUGAUGGCAUUAAAACGUAUGGGUAUAGUAAAUAAUUAUGAAAGAAUAAAGGAAUUAACAAUUGCUAUAGUUGGAAUAGGCGGAGUUGGUAGCGUGACUGCAGAAAUGCUAACAAGAUGUGGAAUUGGCAAGUUGAUUCUUUUUGACUAUGACAAAGUAGAAAUGGCCAAUAUGAAUAGACUUUUCUUCCAACCUUACCAAGCUGGCCAAAAUAAAGUAGAAGCAGCAGCAACAACAUUGCAAUAUAUUAAUCCAGAUGUAGAGAUUGAAACUUACAAUUACAACAUUACUACAAUGGAUCAUUUUGAAGAUUUUACAAAUAUCAUAAGCACAGCAAGUUUAAAUAAAGGUCCAGUAGAUUUAGUUUUGAGCUGUGUAGACAAUUUUGAAGCACGAAUGGCGAUUAAUACCGCAUGUAACGAACUUAAUCAGAAGUGGUUUGAAAGUGGGGUAUCUGAAAAUGCAGUUUCAGGUCAUAUUCAAUUUAUUAUUCCUGGAGAAACAGCUUGUUUUGCGUGUGCUCCUCCAUUAGUAGUAGCAGAAAACAUUGAUGAAAAAACUCUAAAACGAGAUGGGGUUUGCGCAGCAUCUUUGCCAACAACUAUGGGAAUUGUUGCAGGUUUUUUAGUUCAAAAUGCAUUGAAGUAUCUUUUAAACUUUGGUGAUGUUACCUAUUAUUUGGGUUAUAAUGCUAUGCAAGAUUUUUUUCCUAAAAUGACAUUAAAACCAAAUCCAAACUGUGAAGAUAGGUAUUGUAGAAAACAUCAAGUAGAAUAUGCAUUGAAACCAAAACCAGAACAAAAGAUAGAGAAAAUAGUUGAAGAUAAGCCUCUUCAUGAAGAUAAUGAAUGGGGAAUUUCUCUUCUUGAUGAACAAGAUCAACAAAUGGAUGAAAAAGAGAAUUUAUUAUCAGGAAGUGAGCAUAGCGCUUUGCAUUCGAUUUGUUCUCAAAUUAAUCAAAUUCCGUCUGAAUCUGAUGCUAGUCUGGAAGAACUGAUGGCACAAAUGAAAUCCAUUUGAGUUUUAUUCAAAGAAUUUACAGGAACAGUAAUAAUAUUUCAUACUAAUAGUAAUAUUAUUUAUACAUUCCACUUAUAUUUUUUAUAUUAUUCGUAUCACAUGUAAAAAAAAGAGAUUAAUAUAUGUCGCGAUAUUAUAUACAAUA